GAUUCCUCACGACUUUUCUCCUUUUUCUUUUACACCGUGCGCGGAAGAUGGAUUCAGCUACUACACAACUGUCGGGCGGCAAUUGAGAAAUAUCCAGGGGCAAUAAAGCACAGUUUCAUCUGUUCACACUUGCUGAGAAAUCUGUUGACUUAAGGUUGUCACCCAAGAUGAAAGGAACAGGGAGAAACAGCCCUUGCUUACUAGGAUUUCUGAUGGGUUUCUGUUUGGCUACUCUUCCUGGCAGCUAUGGCUGUCCCAAGCUCUGCGCCUGCUAUGUACCUACAGAGGUACAUUGCACAUUUCGGUAUCUUGGCACCAUCCCAGAUCACAUUCCCCAAAAUGUGGAGCGUAUCAAUCUAGGUUACAACAGUUUGAUUAAACUGACUGAAAAAGAUUUUUCUGGCCUGGAGAAGCUGGAGUUGUUGAUGUUACACAGUAAUCAGAUACAUACUAUUCAAGAUAGGACAUUCUCUGAUUUGCAUUCGUUACAGGUCUUAAAGAUGAGCUAUAACAAAGUUAAAGUUAUUCAAGCAGAUACAUUUCAUGGUCUUGUGGGGUUGGUACGACUGCAUAUGGAUCACAAUCAGAUUGAAUUUGUAAACCCCAAAGCUUUCUAUGGUCUUACAUCUCUAAAGCUGCUUCAUCUGGAAGGGAAUGUACUUAAACAACUUCACCCAGAUACAUUUGUCACUUUGCGCUACCUCCAAAUAUUUAAGACAUCCUCUAUCAAGCAUAUCUACUUGUCUGAUAAUUUGCUUACUUCUCUGCCACAAGAUAUCUUCACGUAUAUGACUGAGCUUGAAAGCGUCUACCUUCAUGGGAACUCCUGGAUUUGUGAUUGUGCACUGAAAUGGUUUGCUGAGUGGGCAGAACAGCACCCAGAUAUUGUAAAGUGCAAAAAAGACAGAGGUUUUCCCGGUGCUCUGCAGUGUCCUUUGUGUGCCAACCUCAAGACCUCUAAAGAAAAAACAUUAGCUAAAAUGCCACUUUCAUAUUUUGAGUGUGUUAAACCAACUAUAGACACCACCUUGAAAAUUAAGAAUAUCACUGUGCCUGAUGAUGGAGACUUUACUUCAAUUUCCUCCAAAGAUUUUAUGGCUCCUAUAGGAUCCAUGGUAUUAAACAUGACCGACCAGGCAGGGAAUAUGGCAAACCUGGCUUGCAAUGUACAAUCCCCUACAAAAAUGUCUCCAGUCACACUUAAAAAGAUGGUUAACACCACAGUACUUGCAAUAUCAUUUUCAACAUUUCUUGUGUGCGGUGUUGACUACGAGCAUAUUCAGCCAUCAUGGAGCAUAUUGGCUCUCUACAGUGAUUCUCCAUUAAAACUGAAAAGGGAUAACUUAUUGACAAAAGUACCUUAUAUCAGUUACAAGUACAAACAGACAGAUUCUGAAAAUGAAGAGCUUUUCACUGGCAUAGAGGCUACACUGAGAGCUGAGCCUCCUUGGCUGAUGCAAGGACAAGUAUCAUUGCAGUUGGACAGGACAGUAACCACGCUGAACACUCUACAGAUCCAGUAUUUAUUAAAUGCUCAAAUCACUCUUCCAGUUGCUGCCCCCAAACCAGCAAGACGGAACUGGGUCAUGAUCUUACAGGGAAAUAACACAAGAACUGAGUAUACUGUUUUAGUAGGCAGAUCUGUGGAACUGGACUGUCAAGCACUUGGAGACCCAGCCCCUGUAAUUGAGUGGGUAUUAGCAGAUGGAAGCAAGAUUAGAGCUCCAUACAUUAGUGAAGAUGGAAGAAUGAUGAUAGCAAAAUCUGGAAAACUCCUAUUACAUACUGCAGAUACUUUUGACACUGGUGUUUAUCACUGUAUUGCAACAAAUUAUGAUGAUGCUGAUGUCCUGACUUUUAGGAUUAUUGUGACAGACCCUUACUUAGAACAACAUCAUUUAAAUGGACCACAGCUCUCAGUUUUUCCUGGUGAAACACUCUAUCUUCCAUGCCAGUCCAGAGGCGCCCCUGAAGCUUCAGUUAGUUGGAUCUUACCUGAACACGUGGUUCUUUAUCAUUCUUCCAAAAACAAGCUUCUUUUUCAGAAUGGUACAUUAAAAAUACAAGAGACAUCUGAUCGGGAUAAUGGUUACUUCAAGUGUGUAGCAGCCAAUCAAUAUGGUGUAGAUUUUUUGGUUUAUCAAGUACUGGUUAAGACGAGUUCAAAUGUGUCACAGAAAUUAGAUAUCCAAGUAGAAGAUGAGGCAGCUGAAGGGUCUGGCCAUGAAGAGUAUAAUGUUACUACAAAACCUCCAGAUUCUUCCACUACCAUUCAAACCAAAGUUAUCAGUCAAGCAUUCAGAGAAGUUUCAGCUUUAAGUCCUCCCAUCUUAAGCAAACAAAAAGGCAAUUAUAAAGAGAUUUACAUACACAACAGGGACAAAAUAAGUAAAAGGUUUAGAGGACGCAAGAGACAAUUUGGUUCCUCCAAAAGGAGAAUUGAUCCAUUGCACUGGGCAGAACUUUUGGAAAAGACGAAGAACACUACUUUGCUAAGAAAACAAGAAAACGCCACAGUAAAACCAAUGGUAAAAGUGAUUCUAUCUUCAAAACUUUCUGGAAAGGAGGAGGAGACAUCUGGAGAUGAUAUAUUUUCAGAGGAGGAAUUUAUGCUACUAGCAACUAAAAGACCUGCAAUGUACAGGCUAAGAGAAGCAUCAGGAAAUGUAGUAACAGCAAAACUUGGAAGCAUAUCAAGUAAUUACAGCUCUGUGGCAACAGCUGAUAUGGUUAGAGAAACAGUAACUCCAGCAGCUAACCUAAUAGUUACAUCUUUUGAGAGACUCAAGAACAAGAAAUUAUAUUUGGAUGUUGAAUAUGAUACUGAAAGUAUGGAUGUCCAACCAUAUCAGAGGUUACCAACACCACCUACCCAUGUGGACUCAGCAACAUCAUCAGCUAAACUAAUAGAGAGAAAAGCAAAAACAUUAAAUGCCGUUCAGAAAUGGAUACUACCUAAAGAAAGCAAUUUACAUGUAAAAGCCACACCAACAACUGCUAUAAACAUUACUAAAAAUAGUCACUCUAUAAUUUCCCACAAAAAUACCGAUAAACCUGUUUUAUUUGGAGAGGCACCUGAUAGGAUAUCAAGGAAAUCAAAUCAUCAAGUUUCUGUAGUGACUGUCAGCAUACCUGAUGAUCUACUUAGAAACAUCACUCACAACGCACACAAAAUGACGACACCCAAACUACCUGCAGGCUCAACAACUGUCAGUCAUCAGCAGAUUAUGACAGUUAGGGGUGCUGCAAUUUAUACACCACCCUCUAGGCGGUAUGGUAAACGCAGAAAAUUCUCUGGUAGAAGACGAAUCGUUAGACCUGACCGUAUUUUCAACAUGGCAGGCCGUAAAUUCCCUUUUCGUAAAUCAGGAUUUGCUCAAGAAAGCACCAGACUUCCUCCAUUAAAAGUGAGCACCUUAACUUCUUCUAACAAAUAUCUUGAACAAAUUACCUCUCAAGUACCUGUUUCCCCUUCAUCCAACACUCAUAAUCCAGAAUCAACAACUGUUAAUGAAGUCUUGGCAUUGUCAAGGAACAAGCUAGAUACAGCUGAAGAACAUAUAACUUCCACAAUGGUUUCAUUCUAUCCUGAAAACUCCCAAGUUGUAUCACAUACACAAGUAGAGACUAGUACAUUAUUGCAAUCAGCUAUUGACACAAACCCACCACUUAGGAUCAAGCAUCCAGUUCUGACAAUUGCAAGCCCUAAAAAUGGCACGGAAGCUACCACAGUUACUGUGUCACCAUUGGCUAUUAAAUCAAGCUUUCCUCGUUUUGAAAUGAGCACAUCUUCCAGUACUUCAGGAAGCAACCAUGUUCAAAAGGAACUGCAGGGAAAGCAUCACAGUUUACAAACAAGUGAAGAAUCCAUGACCGUGGUGUCUGUUAUACCUCCUCAAACAACAGCACCAAUGUAUAGAACUUCACCAGUACAUGAUGGUGGUGUUUCAUCUAGUGAAAACCAAACUGAUGAUAUCAUGAACAUAAUUAAGCCUGUCAGUGACAACAUGGUGACAAUAAAACAUAAUCUCACAUUACCACUCAGCAUAACAAAAUCACCAUCUUUCACCUAUGUAUUUAAUUUUACAGCUGCUCUGGAAAAAGGAGCUGAUACUACUAGCAUCAUGCCAGUUCUAAUUCCAAUUACUAGUGCUCAUGUUUCCAAAUCCAAAGUGUUUGGAUCAAGCAGAAGGAGAAGUCAACGGAAAAGACCCUCUAAGAAGUUAACACCUUCUGAAAGAAAUGUUACCAUCAAUAAAGGAAUAGGCACCAUGUUGAGAGAAACAGUGACUUUUUCUAUUUUAGAAACACCUAAACAAGUAAUUGUGCCUACUGGUACCUUGUUUUCAAAGCUGACCAGUGUGGCUGGAUUUACAGCUACACUACAGCCACCAAUUAUUCACACAACACAUAUUAUUGGAAAGAAUAAGUUCACAACUACUGCUCAGGUAUUGGCAAGGAAUAUCACAGCUGAAAAUACUGUCACUGCUAAGCUAUCAGUGGAUGAUUUGGCUUCUGAAAAACCUAUGCUUGAGAUUCCAUUUACGGCAUCAUUCCUGAAUACAAUAAACACAACCACAGCAUCGACGCUAAUGUCUACCAAACCAACAGAAGUUACUACAUUAGCGGAUCAGGAAUCAUUUCAAAAUGUAGGAGGGAAAACUAGUCAAGAAAAGCAAAUGACAAAGGCUACUGUUAAAACUGAGUUAAAAAUUCAAACUCCUAUUAAUGAAGAAUACCACACUUCACAACAGUCUAAACUAUCAAUAUCCCAAAGUGUGGCAUUGCCACAUUCCACCAUCACACAAACCACUCCAUCUCCCAGGUGGAGGAAGACAUCUGGGCAAAAACCUUUUUCUAAAACCACAGAAAGUGGGAAAACCUUCAGGGUCAAUGUAUUGACCAUACUGAAACCUCCACUGAACUCCACUCAGUAUACUCCUUCGUGGAGAACGAACAAUUAUGUCAAAAGUUGGUCAGAGAAAACAAGAGAUCAGGAAGUUACUACCAGUAAUCUGAUAGCCUUACAUUCAUUCUACCAAACUAGAUUCACAAACCCCAGGAUAAUUGGAGGGAAACUUGCAGCAUUUACUGUUCUGGCUAAUUCAGAUGCUUUCAUCCCUUGUGAAGUCAGUGGUAACCCUCAGCCAACAAUACAGUGGACCAAGAUAUCACAAGGGGUUGAUGCACCAAAACUCAAAAAGGAGAACAAACUUGAAGUUUUUCCCAAUGGUACUCUUUUCAUCCAGAACACCAGUAUCCAAGAUCGUGGGCAGUAUCUAUGCAUGGCCACAAAUCAGUAUGGCUCUGACAAACUUCUUGUCACACUCUCUGUGGUGACCUAUCCACCUAGAAUCUUGGGAAGAAAAUCCAAGAUUGUUAUUGUUCACUCAGGCAAGCCAGUGACCAUGAAGUGUGUAGCAGAGGGGCGUCCCAUUCCUACAAUAUCCUGGAUCCUUGCAAACAAAACAUAUGUCUCAGAAUCUUCUGUGGGAAAUGAGGCAGUCUCUGUGCAAAGAGAUGGUACACUGGUGAUCAAGAAAGCCAGUGUUUUUGACAGAGGGAUUUACACAUGCAUAGCAAAAAAUCCAGCUGGUUCAGAUACAACAAUAAUAAGGUUGCAGGUCAUAGCUGCACCACCCAUCAUAAUGGAAGAGAAGAAACAGCAUGUGCUGGAGAAUAUGGGGGGAAAUCUGAAGCUCCCCUGCACUGCCAAAGGAAACCCCCAUCCAAGCGUGCAUUGGGUCCUCUUUGAUGGAACUGAAGUCAAGCCUUUACAGUAUAUUAAUGGGAAGCUUCUUCUCUUUCCUAAUGGAACCCUUUACAUCAGGAAUCUCACUCCUUCCGAUAGUGGGAAUUAUGAAUGUAUAGCCACCAGCUCCACUGGCUCAGAAAGGAGAGUAGUAACCCUCCAGGUAGAACAUACAGAUACAAUUCCCAGAAUUGCAGUUGCCUCUCAAAGGUUGACUCAGCUGAAUUUUGGAGACAGAUUGCUUCUGAAUUGCUCAGCUACAGGAACACCAAAGCCUAAAAUAAUCUGGAGGCUACCUUCCAGAGCUGUUGUUGACCAGUGGCACAGAAUGGGGAGUCGAAUCCAUGUGUAUCCCAAUGGUUCCUUGACUGUCGAGGCACUCACAGAGAAAGAUGCAGGUGACUACAUAUGUGUGGCAAGAAACAAAAUGGGAGAUGAUUUGGUCCUUAUGAAAGUCAGUGUGACAAUGAAACCUGCAAAAAUUGAUCAGAAGCUGUAUUUUAAGAAAUCAGUACCUUAUGGGAAAGACUUCAAAGUGGAUUGCAAAGCUUCUGGGUCACCUGAACCAGAAAUAUCAUGGAGUUUGCCAGACGGUACAGUGAUCAACAAUGUGAUGCAAGCAGAUGACAGUGGACACAGGUCUCGGAGAUAUACUCUCUUUGACAAUGGUACUCUAUAUUUCAACAAGGUUGGAAUAGCGGAAGAAGGGGACUAUACAUGUUAUGCUCAAAACACACUUGGGAAAGAUGAGAUGAAAGUGCACAUAACAAUAGUAGCAGCUGCACCUCGUAUCAAGCAGAAUUCUAAGGCAUAUGCAAAGAUAAAAGCAGGAGAAACUGCACACUUUGACUGCAAUGCCUUAGGGGAACCUAAGCCCAAAAUAUUUUGGUUGCUGCCUUCCAACGACAUGAUAACAGCUUCAACUCAAAGAUAUAUCCUUCAUGGUAAUGGGUCUCUCUCUGUCAGCAAGGUAAGACUGAUAGAUGCUGGAGAAUACAUUUGUGUUGCACGCAACUCUGGUGGAGAUGACACAAAACUUUAUAAAUUAGACGUGGUCUCUAAACCACCUCUCAUCAAUGGGAUAUAUUCCAACAAGACACUCAUUAAAAUGACAGCCAUAAAGUACUCAAGGAAGCAAAUAGACUGCAGAGCUGAAGGGACACCUAUACCCCAAACCAUGUGGAUUAUGCCUGAUAACAUUUUCCUAACAGCGCCAUAUUAUGGGAGCAGAAUAACAGUGUACAAAAAUGGGACUCUUGAAAUCCGUAAUGUAAGAUCUUCAGAUUCAGCAGAGUUUAUAUGUGUGGCACGUAAUGAUGGGGGAGAAAGCAUACUGGUUGUCCAGCUAGAGGUGUUAGAGAUGCUAAGACGCCCAGUGUUCAGAAAUCCAUUUAAUGAGAAAGUAAUAGCAAAGCCUGGAAGAACCAUCUUCUUGAAUUGCUCUGUAGAUGGAAACCCACCUCCUGAGAUAAUCUGGAUCUUACCAAAUGGUACACGCAUCACCAGUGGACUCCAAACAUUAAAGUACUCCUUGGGAAGCAAUGGGACUCUUGUAAUCAAUUUUCCUUCUAAAGCAGAUGCUGGCAAGUACCGAUGUGCUGCUAAAAAUAAAGUUGGCUACAUUGAAAAGUUGAUUGUGCUGGAAAUUGGCCAGAAACCCACAAUUUUUAUCCAUCCAAGAGAAGUAAUUAAAACCAUUAUUGGGGAAUCAUUAUCUCUUCACUGUCUUGCUGGUGGAAUCCCCAAGCCAAACAUUAUAUGGACAGUUCCUAGUGGCUUUGUCAUAAAUCAGCCUCAAAUUAAUGGAAAAUACAUCCUACUGGAAAAUGGUACCUUAGUUAUCAAAGAAGCCACCAUUAAUGAUAGAGGCAGUUAUACAUGCAAAGCUCACAACUAUGUUGGUGAUUCAACAGUAGUUGCCUUUGUCAUUAUUGUCGCACAUCCACCACGGAUUACAAAUAGACAGCCACAGAAUAUUCACACAAAGGCUGGGGCAGCAGUUCAGCUUCACUGUAUGGCACUGGGAAUACCAAAUCCAGAAAUUACAUGGGAACUGCCUGAUCACUCAUUGCUUUCCACAGGCAGCAAAGGUCAGCCAUCUGGAAGCAAACAUCUUCAUCCUCUAGGAACAUUAACAAUCCAAAAUCCAAAAUCAUCAGAUUCUGGAACAUACAAGUGCAUGGCUAAGAAUCAGCUUGGCAGUGAUUCCACAGUAACAUACCUUCAAGUCAUAUGAAGUUAGAGAAAUACAGACAGAACUGAUAACAAAUCUAAGUUGAACCAAAUUUGACUUUCAAAAAUGUUUACUCAGACUGGUCAAAAGGCAAAAGAGGUUCAUUAAAACAACUCUGAAUUUACAGUGGACAGGCUGAGAAGACAUAUACAUAUGGGUAAAGUUGGUAUCACAGCCUAGUAUUAAUUUUGGUAGUGAUAUUUAAACGUAACCUUAAAAACUCAAGGCACUUAAAUCCUGACAUGAACACUUUAAAUUUGUGCUAUGGAACUGGCAAUAUUUAGCAAAGAAUCAUUUCUUUUUAUAAAAAGCUAGUUUCUUCUUUCACUAUUGAUAAUAGUAUAACCAUGGCAUAUGUUGUAAAGAUACACAAAGAUAUGUAAAAAGGAACUGUGGUGGUGGUUUUGUUACUUUACUGACAUGUAUGAAUGUUUUGUCCUUCUGGUACAAAUAUUUUAAAACAAAAGGUGCUAACCUGCCUGUAAUACUAAGAUUCUGUUCGUUCAUACAGGAGUCCUUUUUUGUGGGACAAUAGAGGAACAACAGAAAUAUAUUAGCAAGACUGUGUUCUGUUGUGUUUAAGAGACAAUACAGAUUAUUUUUCUAAAAUAAAGAACCACCAGACCUGCAUAUUAAGAAGCAUAGAUGGAAAUAAUGGUCCUGUUACCAAACAUUCAGCUGCCAAACCUUUCAAAUUGUGGAAAAAAAGGAAGAAAGAAAAUGAUUUAGCAGGUCAUGUGUUGUUUUUUUGAAGUAUACAAGACAUUACCAGUGGCUGGCCACUGUUAAAAUUGGAAGAGAUACAAGAGCCUUUGGUUUGAUCCAAAGGACUCUUCAGAACAACAGAAAAUUGCUUUCAGUACCCCUGUUGAUAGUAAACAUUUUCAGAGACUGCUUUUCAAUGAUAUUCCCAAGGCAGCCUCAGAAGAUAUUUAUGUCCUACUGAGUAGAACUUGGACGCUGUAAAUGAAAUAAAAGUUUGAAUGUUUAAGAAUAUGUUCUUGUAGUAAAGUAUU